UGUAAACUUUUCAACUUGAAAAAAUUCCCAGAAUUUUCCAACCCUACGUGCAAUAUCGUAAAAUGUGUCCAUGGAUCGACGACUUGAGUCUAGUGAAGGACGAACAUAUUUUGCAACAAAGCAGAGAGUUUCAGGGCUCUGCUGGAAAAAUAAUAAUCUGGCCCGGAUGCCGUGACGCAGAAACGUUCCUAACUUCCAUUCCCAGUCUUGCUUUUACUCUGAAAGGUCCACUUCCCGCCAGCCUGCCGCGGGCUUGAUACACACCGGUGAUUAGCAUCCCAGCCCACUUCCCCCCCAGUCGCCUCCAUCCCUCCCCCCUUCCUGUCCUGGUCUGCGCUGGUUAUCAGUGGCCAAGUUGCGAGCGGUGUUGAGGGAGUCGGCCAGCGUCGGGAGCCCGGCGCCGUUUUCCUGUGGCGAAAUGACAGGCUUGCAUUCGCAGGCGGCCAGGAGGCACUGCAGCCUCCGCACGUCUUCUCACAGCAACGGCCGGCAGGAAGUCAGCAGCUCGCGCUCGUCUCGCUCCGGCGUGCGUUCGCGCAGCUCCGAGGAGCCUCAGCAGCCGCACGUGGGGAACUACCGGCUGCUCAAGACCAUCGGCAAGGGCAACUUCGCCAAGGUCAAGCUGGCCCGACACAUCCUCACCGGCAGAGAGGUAGCCAUUAAAAUCAUAGACAAGACACAGCUGAACCCCAACAGCCUUCAGAAGCUCUUCAGAGAAGUGAGAAUAAUGAAGAUCUUGAAUCAUCCCAACAUUGUUAAGCUGUUUGAGGUGAUUGAGACGGAGAGGACGCUCUACCUGGUCAUGGAGUACGCCAGCGGAGGAGAGGUCUUUGACUACCUGGUAGCACAUGGAAGAAUGAAGGAAAAAGAGGCCAGAGCUAAAUUUAGACAGAUUGUAUCAGCGGUGCAGUACUGCCACCAGAAGCACAUCGUCCACAGAGACCUCAAGGCGGAGAACCUGCUGCUGGACGGCGACAUGAACAUCAAGAUCGCCGACUUCGGCUUCAGCAACGAGUUCACGCUGGGCAACAAGCUGGACACCUUCUGCGGCUCGCCGCCCUACGCCGCGCCCGAGCUCUUCCAGGGCAAGAAGUACGACGGGCCCGAGGUGGACGUCUGGAGUCUGGGCGUCAUCCUCUACACGCUCGUCAGCGGGUCGCUGCCCUUUGACGGCCAGAACCUCAAGGAGCUUCGCGAGCGCGUGCUGCGAGGGAAGUACCGCAUCCCCUUCUACAUGUCCACGGACUGCGAGAACCUCCUGAAGCGAUUCCUGGUGCUCAACCCGGCCAAGCGCGGUACUCUCGAGGUGAGAGAGGACACCCAAAACCAAAUCAUGAAGGAUCGCUGGAUCAACGCGGGAUACGAAGACGACGAGCUGAAGCCUUACGUUGAGCCUGAGCUGGACAUCACGGAUCAGAAGAGAAUAGACGUGAUGGUGGGCAUGGGCUACAACUUGGACGAGAUUCAGGAGUCCCUGGCCAAGACCAAGUACGACGAGAUCACCGCCACCUACCUGCUGCUGGGCAGGAAGGCCUCGGAGCCGGAGCCCGGCGAGUCGGCGUCCGGCAGCGACUUGUCGCUCACCAAGCCCAGACCCAACAGCGAGCUCAACGGACAGUCGCCCUCGCACCUGAAAGUCCAGAGGAGCGUGUCGUCCAACCACAAGCAGCGACGCUACAGUGAGCAAGUGGGCCAGAACGCGGGCGCAGCCCACCCCAAGCGCAGUCAGACCGCCGCCGUCGACGACGGGAAGGACGACGGCGGCGUCCAGCUGCGCAAAUCCGGCGCGCCGGGAAGCCGCGGCGCUCCGCCCGCCAGCCCGUUGCUGGGCAACGCCAACAACCCAAACAAGGCCGACAUACCCGACCGCAGGAAAGGCGUCGCCGCCGGACAGACUCAGAACAGCACGGCGUCUGCUGGGAUGACGCGCCGGAACACGUACGUGUGCAGCGAGCGGAACAAUGCCGACCGCCUCUCCGUCAUCCCCAACGGGAAGGAGAACAGCGCGGCGGCGUCUCCGGGCGGCCAGCGUAAGUCGGCACACAGCGUGGCCAACGCGGCCACGCCGGAACGCCUGCGCUUCCCCCGCGGCACGGCCAGCCGCAGCACCUUCCACGGCGGGCAGCUGCGCGACCGCCGCACGGCCACCUACAACGGACCGCCCGCCUCGCCCGCCCUCUCGCACGACGCCUCGCCGCUCUCGCAGACGCGCGGCCGCGCCGCCAGCAACCUCUUUUCCAAGCUCACCUCCAAGCUCACGCGCAGAAACAUGUCGUUCAGGUUUACCAAAAGAGUCUCCACAGAGUUUGAGAGAAACGGGAGACUCGAGGGCUCAAGCCGCCACGUCCCCGGGGAGCCCAAGGACGGCAAGCCCCGCUCGCUGCGCUUCACCUGGAGCAUGAGGACCACCAGCUCCAUGGAGCCGGCCGACAUCAUGCGGGAGAUCCGCAAGGUGCUGGACGCCAACAACUGCGACUACGAGCAGCAGGAGAGCUUCCUGCUGCUCUGCGUGCACGGCGACGGCCGCGCCGAAAACCUGGUCCAGUGGGAGAUGGAGGUGUGCAAGCUCCCCCGACUGUCGCUCAACGGCGUGCGCUUCAAGAGGAUUUCCGGCUCCUCCAUGGCCUUCAAGAACAUUGCCUCCAAGGUGGCCAACGAGCUCAAGCUAUGAGGCGACGGCGGACGCAUAAGUAGAAACCUCUGCGACUAUUUAAGCUGUACAAUCACCCACGUAGCAACUUUUCAAAUGUCUCCUUUUAUAAGAAACUAAAAGACAGGAGAGUAUCUAUUGAUUCUAAUGUAAGUUUUUGUUUUGUUUUUUGGCAAUGAUCACGCAACCGCCUACUAAUAGCUCAUUCUGGCCACAUGAGGGCGACAUAACGAGUUGAUUUGUGUCCUGCUGUGAAUGUGGACACAAAAGAAGAAUUUCUAGUCUUAUUUAUUUUCUUUUUUCCCCCCCACCUUCCUGAAUAAGAUUAAAAUCACCAUGUAGCUUUUUUUCUUCUUUUCUGUGUAAAUAGCUCACACUGCAAAUACUGUUUUUGUAUUUGGGUUGAAAGUAAAAAAAUAGAGAAGGCGGCAAGCGUCAGGUGCGUUUAUCAGGGUCACAUGAACAUGACUCCAUUAAAAGUGUAAAAGUGGCAACUGGAA